GUGCGUGCAAGAUGUUGCAGACUCGUGACCCAAAACGAAGCUUUAGUGUUUUUGUGAACCUUUAAGUGAUAUCCUAGAAAGACUCUGCUGGAACAAUUCGUCAAAACACGUUUCCUCGAUUUGGGAUAUAUGAAGAACGUAGGAUUCAACUUCUGAAUAAAGAUGACGCAUGACGUUUGUUAACAAUGUUUUGAUUCUUUCGGCCGUGACGUCAGCCAGUACUACACAAAAAUGGUUCCUACUUAGUUUUGAUUCGGAAAGCAAAGUGUUUUCUAACUUUAAAUGUGUCAUUUUCGAGACAAUGAGGGGCUAAACUGGUAAAGUGGCGAGAGCUCCAAAAAUGGAGGCGUGUGCUGAAUCUGGACGCAAACUGCGCUCCAUCUGUAGGAGAAUGUACGACGAAAAUGAAGAUUUGUCCGAUGUGGAGGAAAUUGCAGAUGUCAGAGGUUUUAACUUGGAAGAGAAACUUGUAAGCGAUUCAUAUAAUAAAAACUACAUCAGGGUGAUGGAUGGCAAAGAUUUUACCUACGAAUAUGUGCAAAGAGAAGCUCUCAGAAUUCCCCUUAUUUUUAAAGCCAAAGAUGGUUUGGGAAUCAGAAUGCCAGAUCCAGAUUUUACCGUCAGUGAAGUGAAAGGUCUGGUUGGCAGUCGACGGGCGGUGGAUGUGAUGGAUGUGAGCACCCAGAAGGGCUCCGAGAUGAGCCUGGCUCAGUUUGUCCGCUACUAUGAAACACCGGAGGCAGAGCGGGACAAACUGUUCAACGUCAUCAGCCUCGAGUUCAGCCACACCAAGCUUGAGAACCUUAUUAAGAGGCCAAUUGUGGUGGACAUGGUGGACUGGGUAGAUAAUGUGUGGCCUCCCCACCUGAAAGAGAAGCAAACUGAGGCCACAAAUAUCAUAUCAGAGAUGAAGUACCCCAAAGUCCAGAAGUACUGCCUGAUGAGCGUAAAGGGCUGCUACACUGACUUCCACAUCGACUUUGGGGGCACAUCUGUAUGGUACCACGUCCACAAGGGAAGGAAGGUGUUCUGGCUUGUCCCUCCCACCCCCCACAACCUGUCUCUGUAUGAGGAUUGGGUGCUUUCUGGGAAGCAAAGUGACAUUUUUCUGGGUGACCGUGCCGACGGCUGCCAGAGGGUGGAGCUGCAGCAGGGGUACACCUUUUUCAUCCCUUCAGGGUGGAUUCAUGCUGUCUACACUCCUGAGGACACGCUCGUAUUCGGUGGCAACAUCCUGCACAGCUUUAACAUUCCCAUGCAGCUUUCUAUCUAUGAGAUUGAGAAUAGGACAAAGGUUCAUGCCAAAUUCCGCUAUCCGUUCUACUAUGAGAUGUGCUGGUAUGUCAUGGAGAGAUAUGUGCACUGCUUGACUAAACGAUCUCAUCUAAGCAGCGAGUUCCGGAGGGAAUCUAUGUUAAUUGAUGCAGAUAGGAAGCUGAGCACUGAGAGCUUCUCCUCCGACUCGAGGCUUGACAUGGAAGAGGACUCCUGCGAGACACAGCUGCAGGAUGAGCGGCAUGCCCGUCCCCCAAGACAGGCCCACACAAAUGACUCCGAUGACACUCCCGCUAACCCAGUAGACCUGCCCAGGACCCCUACAGGGUCGCCUGUGCCAGAACCCCCAAGUAAAUGGACUCACCUAACUGAAUUUGAGCUUAAGGGGCUAAAGGCUCUUGUAGAAAAGCUAGAGUCCCUUCCUGAAAACAAGAAGUGUGCUCCUGAAGGCAUUGAGGACCCACAGGGUCUACUGGAGGACAUGAAGGUUGUCCUGAAGGAGCAUGCUGACGAUGACCCGGAGCUGGCCUUGACUGGCGUGCCCAUUGUCUGCUGGCCCAAGAAAUCCAAGCAGCGACCUCCCAACCGGCCCAAGCCCAAAGCGGGAGCGCCAUCGACACCGACCGGUGCUAAGCUGUCGGGGGGGCGUGGCACGUCAGGCGCUCGGCGCCGGCGGACCCGCUGCCGCAAGUGCGAGGCCUGCCUGCGCACCGAGUGUGGGGAGUGCCACUUCUGCAAGGACAUGAAGAAGUUUGGUGGGCCGGGCCGCAUGAAGCAGUCCUGCAUCAUGAGGCAGUGCAUCGCGCCCGUCCUGCCCCACACCGCCGUGUGCUUAGUCUGCGGGGAAGCCGGCAAGGAGGACACAGUCGAGGGGGAGGAAGAGAAGUUCAAUGUCAUGCUCAUGGAGUGCUCCAUCUGCAACGAGAUUGUGCACCCUGGCUGCCUGAAGGUAAAAGAUGCUGGUGGUGUAGUGAAUGAGGAGCUGCCUAACUGCUGGGAAUGUCCGAAGUGCAAUCAUGCGGGGAAGACUGGGAAAGCCUACAAGCAAAAAAGAGGACCAGGGUUCAAGUAUGCGUCAAACCUGCCCGGCUCCCUGCUGAAGGAGCAGCGGGUCAACCGUGAGAUCAAGGAGGAGCCGGACCCGGUCAGUGGCACCAAGAGGAAGGCAGACCGUGAGGAGACCCCCAAGCAAAAGCUGGAGGAGCCGCCCAGAAAGCGGCCCCCCAUCAUACCUGUCCAGCCCGUCCAGCCUGUGCCCCCCACUGACAGCCAGCAGGCACGGCCCAAAACUGAGGACAGUCCCCUGCGGAGGAAGAGGAAGAUGUCUGAGAAAGAGCCGGAGUCCAGUGCCAGGAAACUGAAAUCCUCCAGGUCUGAUGACCCCACGAUCCCCCAACUCAUGAAGGAGAUCAAGACAGAGAGGGAGGAAGGGUCUCAGCAGAAAGAGGAAGGAGAGCAGGAGCAGGGGGAUAGAGAGAUGGAAGAAAAGAAGGCAGAAGAACAUGAAGAUGAUGAGGAAGACGAGGAGGAUGAAGAGGAGGAAGAAGGGGCAGCUGGGGAGGAAGCAGGGGAAGCAUCUCUUGGGGUUGCCCAAGGACACACGGGUAAUGGCUCGUUAAACCUUACCCAAGUUGCCCCUGCGGUCCGGGAAAGUGACCGGUCACGCUCCAGCUCCCCACGGGCGGGGCCCAGCGGCGAAGGCGCUGAGGAGCCCCAGGACAAGGGCCAGCCACGGCCACGUCGCAAGCGUCAGCUGCCCAACAAGGAGCUGAGCAAAGAGUUGAGCAAGGAGCUCAACCAGGAGAUCCAGAAGACCGAGGACUGCCUGGCCAAUGAGACGCGCCGGCCGCUGCAGCCGGAGCGAGAGAGCGAGGGCGAGGAGCCCAAGCGAGCACUCAAUAAUGGCAGCCAGCUGGCUGACGAGCGGCUUCGCCCCAAGACCCGUGAGGUCAACGGCGCCCCCCGGGAGCUGCGGCCUCACCACUAUCCCCCACAGCAGCUCUCCCCACUGGGUUGGAGCCGGAGCCCGCCCAGUGUACCUGGUGGGGGCCGGCCCCCUCCCUGUCGCUCCCCACCCAGGUGCGUGCAGAUGGAGCGACACGUCAUCCGCCCCCCGCCCAUCAGCCCCCCACCUGACUGCCUGCCCCUGGACGGCGGGCAGACACACGUGAUGCGCAGGGAGGUGUGGAUGUCUGUCUUCAGGCACCUGUCGCACAAGGAGCUGUGCGUGUGCAUGCGUGUUUGCAAGACCUGGAAUAGGUGGUGCUGUGACAAGCGGCUGUGGACCAGCAUAGACCUGAACCGCUGCAAGUCCAUCACGCCCCUCAUGUUGAGCGGAAUCAUCCGACGGCAGCCUGUCUCGCUGGACCUGAGCUGGACCAACAUCUCCAAGAAGCAGCUGAGCUGGCUCAUCAACAGGCUGCCUGGCCUCCGGAUCCUGCUGCUGUCGGGAUGCUCCUGGGUGGCCGUCUCGGCUCUCUGCACCUCCAGCUGCCCCCUGUUGCGUACCCUGGAUGUGCAGUGGGUGGAGGGGCUAAAAGACCCUCAGAUGAGGGACCUCUUGUCACCACCUACUGACAACAGACCAGGUCAAAUGGACAACAGGAGCAAACUGCGCAACCUAGUGGACCUGCGUCUGGCAGGCCUGGACAUCACGGAUGCCUCGCUCCGCCUUAUCAUCCGCCACAUGCCCCUGUUGGCCCGGCUGGACCUCAGCUACUGCAACCACAUCACAGACCAGUCGGUCAACAUCCUGACAGCUGCAGGCACAACGACUCGCGAUUCUCUGACGGAAAUCAACCUGUCAGUGUGCAACAGGGUCACGGACCAGUCUCUGGCCUACUUCAAACGUUGUGGGAGCAUCUGCCACAUCGACCUGCGCUUCUGCAAGCAGGUGACCAGGGAGGGCUGUGAGAGGUUCAUAGCAGAAAUGAGCGUCAGCGUGCAGUUCGGACUUGUAGAGGAGAAACUCCUGCAGAAGAUCAGCUAGUUCAUGCUGGGGCCUUUAGAGACUAAAUGUACAGAGGAAACUCAGCGCAACCAGCAGUGUGUUGUUUCCAAAAUGAGGUUUGUUUGUUUGUUUUUUUUUCCAUUUAUUUAUUGAUGUUUUUUUUACGUGGGGAAUAUUUUUGUUUUUUGGUCACAGAAAAUGAACAAUCAUUAAAAAGACAUUUAAAAAGAUGAACAUUAAGUUUAAAUUGUGUAGGAAAAAGUGAGCGAAAUGCAAGCAUUUUGUUUUCAAUGCUGAAGUCUCCCCCUCGAUUCUCAAGGAAUUCGCGUGUGAUCGUUUGUGCUGCUAAAGCUGGUGAGUUUGUCCACGAUGUAAUAUUAACUGUGUACAGAAGACCGAACUGGACAGUAUCUGAAAAAAUAGCAUGUUUUUAUGUUUCCUUUUAAAAUUUCCAUUUGUUACAAUUGUAUCAACAUUAUCUUGUUUAAAACAGCCGCAAUGUUUCAGAAACAGAAAUGACCAGAGUUGGUCUGUUUAUUGUAAUUUUUUUUUUAAAACUUUGUUUACCAAGUUUUUUUUGUUACAAUGCAAACCUCAUGCAUUAUUCAGAAAUAUUUUUGUAUUAAAGUGUUUCAAGCUCCAGCGUAUGCAGUAUUGAAUGCACUGUCGUCUUGUUUAAUUGACAAUAUUCAAUCUGCAUAGUUGUUUUCCUUGGGCUGACUUUAAAUUGUACUUAAGAGUGAUGCCUGUAGUAGCUGGUCCCCAUGGAGGUGUUACGUAUUAAUUUAUGCCGUGUUGUUUUAUCUGACGUGGGUGUUCCGAUUUACCAGUACAGAGGUACUUCACCUUUUUCAAAUUACUAUGUAUUACUCAGUCUAUUUCAAUGUGUUUAUACCUGGGGAAUCUGGGGGGUGGGGGGAAGACUAUUUGCACUGUUUGACAUGAAUAAAUAUAACUAUUUUUUUCCAAGGUU